AUGGAAGGCAUUUGCUCGCUUCCGUCGAUCGAUCACAUGACCGGCUCAAAAUCCAUCGUGACGUCACCUAUAAACAGACAGCAUAUGCCUUCACCAGGUCACGAAACGAUGUCGGAAUCGAAAGGAGUACUUCCGCCAUUGUCGGUAUUGUUGCGUCCAACACCACAGCAUGGUUUAUCGGAAGUUCAUAGAGAGAUUUCGGAUUCCGUAAAUCGCUCACCAAUGACGUCACAUCACAAAACACUGGACAACCUCGAGAGAACAAGCUCCCCUUUGUGCCCCCCUGAUCAUGGCUCUCACGUAUCGGGACAAUUGAACUAUUCUGAUCAUCGUCUGCCACAAGAUGGCGUGACUCAUUCAUCUCAGCGCGCAAUCGCUCCCGAUAUGCGUUUGCCUUCCAUAAAACAUUUUGAGAAUAUUUCGUCAGACGUUCAACAAUCAUCAUCAUCUGUGAAACAACAUCAACAAGUUUAUUCCCCGUGUCCUCCUCCAUCAUCUCAAACAGGAAAUAUGAAUUUACAUUCACAACAAUCCGCUUUUUACAAUACGUCAAAGCAACAACCCAUGGUAUCGCGGUCCUCUGAAAAUGGAAUUAGAGCCUCACAUCAACAUGGGUCGCUACAGCAACACUCAAAUAACACUUUUAGUCAUUCAAACUUGCCAUCACGAUCACCGCACAUUGCUCAAAAUUCCACAAUGUGGACAAGACCUCAGGCCAUCUCGCAUUCCCCACGAUCAUCUCAAUCAUCCACCUCCUCAAGCACUUCCUCUCCUCAAAAAACGAUAUAUCAAAAUAUCGAAAUGAAACCGAUACAACCAAUACAACUUCCGGUUCGAUUUGUUAGCAAUAAUUAUGCUCCAGAUUAUCUUCAGAACAAUGGAACUUACGUUAAAGAUAACGGAGAACAAAGUGCUAGUGGAACACAGAAUAUGGACAAAACGUUGGCAGAGAUGCAAAAGAUCACAGAAUAUUGUACUAUAAUUAGUCAUUUUGCAACACAAUAUAGUGAAUAUCGUAAUCAAAUGAGUAAGUUUGGACCAUAUCCACCCAACGCUAGCCACUGGGGCUCCAAUCCCACGGGAACGCCCAUUGCAAGUGUUGUCAACCUGGAACAGCAGGUUCCCGAAAUGAUCAACAGGGCGUAUCAAAUUUUAGGCAUAUUGAAUGGGGUUAAAAGUGAAAUUGGCCAUACCAUAUCGAAUGACCAAGAUACAAUAAACCUAAUCAGAACCAAAAGGACGACGGUUGGCCCUUCAGCCACUCGCACUAAAUAUCGAAAGCGGAGCAAACGUGCUGCGCCUCCCGGAAGAUGUCAUUCGUGUAAUAUAUCCGAGACUCCAGAAUGGCGUCGAGGUCCGGAUGGCGCCAGAACCCUCUGCAAUGCCUGUGGUUUACACUUCGCAAAAUUGACUCGCAAACGCGCACUUUCGACGAUGCAACAACAUCAUCAGGCAUCUGUACAUAAAAUGACCCGCAAUGCGCCAGUUUUACCUUCUACCACAAUCCUUCAGCAACAAACGAUUAUCACUCAACCCAAGCCCACAAUGGGAAUUCUUGGAGGAAUACAUCUCGCAUCACCUCAUCCGUCAGCACAAAUAAUGCAAAAUCCUUCUAAACGCAUGGGACCCGAUUCACCAAUAAAUCAUCAGAUAAACGGAUCCCUUAAUGGAAAUUACUUGAAUACGUAA